AUGAAUCCAAACAUUAUGUUUGAUUUGAACCCGAUUCUUGCAGCCAAUCCCUCUAUCCAAACACUGGUUUUCCCGUUUCCAUCCCACCAUUCAAUCCCUCCUGGAGUGGAGAAGCUGAAGGAUCUUGGCAACCAUGGCAACAUACCUAUGAUAAAUGCUCUGAGCAAGCUCCAAGGAGAGAUAAUCCAUUAUCUAUGCGGUGGUGAUGCUGAGAGCGUAAAACCCGAGAGUGAAAUGGAGUUUCAAGAUUUACUUGGGGCUUCGAGUUCAACUUGGGAGCAGGCUCCUUCCCUUUUUUGCCUCUACAGGGAGGUAGGAGGAGGGGAUCCAAGUUUUGAGGUGGUGAAAGCUGGCAUGGCUGCAAAUAGGUUGAGUUGGGCGUCCUGUUUCAACACUUUUGAGGCUUUAGAGGGUCAGUUCUUGGAGCAUUUGAGUAAGAAAAUGGGCCAUCCACAUGUGUUCAGCGUUGGGCCGCUCCAUUUGUUUAGGGAGCCUAAUGAAUCAGGUUGUGGUGAGGAGAGGUUUCGUGUAAGUAGUGAGGUCUUUUCAUGGCUUGAUUGGUUCGAUGAUGACUAUGUUUUGCACGUUUGUUUUGGGAAUCAAAAGCUGCUCAAGAAGGCCAAGGCAGAGGCACUGACUCUUAGACUUGAAGAGAGUGGAGUUCGGUUCAUUUGGGCCGCAAGAUCUUUCAUGAUCCAACAAGUGGCUCACGGGUAUGGGUUAGCCCCUGGUGGCUUUGAGGACCGGGUUGUGGGUCAAGGCCUCCUUAUUAAGGGAUGGGCCCCACAAAUGUCAAUACUGAGUCAUCGAGUUGUGGGUGGGUUCUUGAGUCAUUGUGGAUGGAACUCGGUAUAG